AUGAAUGAGACGCUGAAUUCAGUGGAGGAGUUUAUGGAAGUUCCCAAUCAUCUAUAUCUCGCUGGAAGAAGGGGACAACGAACGCAAUCGAUCAGCUCAGCUCAAGACAUGUUUGUGCCUGACAAAAUUGUGGUUGGAGAAGGUGGACGGCUUAUUCCACAUCCCAAGGAGCCAUUAGAAGUUGUUCGGGAUAAACUAGUUAUGAUUGAUGGCACUGUAAGUUUGUUUUAUGAAAAUUUGCCAUAUUUUUCUUAUAUUAUACCUAAAUUUCUUUGCAGGAACGAGUUUCACCCAUGCCUGCCCAUCUCACUGCAAAUGAAUAUAUUCCUGAACCCAAAAAGGCUAAGAAACGUGUCCAUCCUGUUUUAUUUGAAUCUCAAGAAAGUCUAAAUGCUGCUGAAGUAAGUUUCUUUGCAAAUCAUUCGUUGUAAUAAAGAUUUUUUUACAACAUGGAACGUUUCUCUUAUCUUUUAACCGUAUAUUUUCAGUCUAUCACCAAUCUAAACAACUCAUUGGCAGUGGAUUUGGACCCAUUAAGAGAGCUGAAGAAUGUCCGCCGGCAUCUUGGUCGAUUAGCUACAAGAGUAUUGGAACUAGAAGACGAGAAUCAACGACGGGCCAUCAGAGAAUACGGGCUUUGGACAUUUGUGACCGGCGGAUUUAUCAUCCUGGCCUUUUUGAUUGGGAAGAAAUGA